AUGUCUAAUUACAUUAGCCAAAAGUUAUCAGAAUUACAUCCUAAAUUACAAACCAAUGGUAUUGGGAUAGGUAACACGCACAGAAGAAUCUCUUUAGCAUUCUUAACACCGAUUGAUAAAUCUAAUCCUUUGAUCAAAAAAUCCAAACUCCAAAAUAAAAAGUUUUUAAGGAAGAGAGAUCGAAGAAGAAAAAGAAUCUGGGAAGAGCAGAGAAGUGUUAGGUCCUUGGGUGAAGAUUUUGGAAGCAGUAUUAGAGAAAGCUAUUAUGGCUCGAUAAAUAGCGGAGAUGGGGAAAAUAUUGAUGAUCAGUUUGAUCAGAAUGCCCAACUUCAAAAUCGAAAUCAUUUGUACGAUAUAGAGAACGUAAGGAAUUAUGACGAUGCCAUUAAUGAUAGGGAUGAAGGCAAUAUUGAGGUCGAAGGAGCUAAUGAGGAUGACGAAAAUAAUGAACUAGGGUCACAGCUAAGUAGAACGAUUUCUUUACCUUCAAGGGUUAGUGAAACAUCUGAUGCUGUUGAACCAGAUGUUGACUGGAUUUUGAGAGAACAUGAAAGAAGAUAUUCAAUUACAAAUAAUGAUGUGGAAAGUGCCAUAUUGGAGGAGGAGGAGGAAAGAGAUGAAGAUGAUGAACGAAGAGGAAGAAGAGGAAUACGUACUGGUGCUAUGUUAGAUGCUGAUGAUGAUGUCAUUUCGAACUACGAGUCGUUUAUGAGAAGAGUUAAGAAAAAUGAAGCAAAUGAAAAUGCUUUGAAUAAAACACUAAAUGAUGAGUUAAUAAAUAAGAACACGAUUGAAGAGGAUGGUUUUUUGCUUAAAGAUGAUGAAGAAAGUGAGGACUUUGCCAAUGAGGUUGUGACCUACAAAUCAGAAUCUAAAAUAUUGGUCGCUUAUUCAAUUCCUUUAAUUUUUACCUUUUUUUUUGAGCAAAUUUUCAGUGUAGUUUGUUCUGUAGCUGUUGGUCAUUUGGGUAAAAGUGAAUUAGCAGCAGUCUCUUUAGCCUCAAUGACCACUAAUAUAACUUUGGCCGUUUUUGAAGGGAUAGCCACAAGUUUAGACACUUUGUGUCCUCAAGCUUAUGGUUCUGGUAACUAUAAAGGCGUAGGAAUCCAUUUGCAGAGAUGUGUGGCAUUCUCCUUGGUUAUUUUCAUUCCCUUUGCCUUUUUAUGGUAUUUUGCCGAACAUUUUUUAAUUUACCUUGUUCCCAAAGAGGAAAAAGAUUUAAUUCACCUAACAGCGUUAUUUCUAAGAGUUGUCAUAUUAGGAGCACCACCAUAUAUUAUGUUUGAAAAUUUAAAAAGGUUCUUACAAGCGCAGGGUAUUUUUGAUGCAGGAAUUUAUGUUUUAAUCAUAUGUUGUCCUCUGAAUAUUUUGCUAAGUUAUUUAUUGGUGUGGAACAAAACUAUCGGUUUAGGCUAUAUCGGCGCUCCAAUAGCUGUUGUUAUUAAUUUCUGGUUAAUGUUUUUAUUAUUAUUAGCAUAUACCGUGAAUACAGAUGCUAUGAAAUGCUGGCCUGGAUUUUCUAAAAAGGCCCUGACCCAUUGGCGGGAUUUGUCAUAUUUAGCCAUACCUGGUAUUGUUAUGUUGGAAGCUGAAGACUUAUCAUAUGAAAUUUUAACUCUAUUCUGUUCUUAUUUUGGAACUUCUUAUUUAGCGGCUCAAUCCGCGGUUUCCACUGUUGCUGUCUUGAUGUAUAUGGGGUCUUUUGCAGUCGGUGUUGCUUCCUCUACCAGAAUUGCCCAUUUUAUUGGUGCUAAAAGAGUUGAUAGCGCCAAUAUUGCAUCUACUGUGGCUAUAAUAGCAUCAGUUUUUGUUGGUUUUAUCAAUUGUUUUGUUUUAACUUUUGGCAGAAAAUUCAUUGCUGGUAUUUUCACGAGGGAUCCAGAUGUUUUCAAAUUAAUUACUGAAGUUUUACCUCUAGUUGGUGUCGUAGAGAUUUUUGAUUCCAUUAAUUGUAUUGCCGGUUCGUGCUUGAGAGGGCAAGGUAUGCAAUUUAUUGGGAGUAUCGUCAAUUUAAUCGUUUAUUAUUUGUUUGCUAUUCCAUUAGGUAUGUUUUUAGGUUGGGUUAUAGACUUGAAAAUAUUUGGCUUGUGGAUAGGUAUUGGUUCUGGGAUGUUACUAAUUGGGUUAAUCGAAAGCUAUUAUGUUUUGUGUCCCAAUUGGAAUUCUAUUUUAGAACGGGCAGAAAUGUUAAAAGAGACUGAGGAUGAUGACGACGACAAUGAUGAUAUCGAAAUGGAAGAAAGCGACUCUGAUAGCGAAGAUGAAGAUGAAGAUGAAGAUGAAAACGACAAUUUAAUCAAUGAACAUUCUAGGUUGAUACAGGUAUAA